AAUGGUAUACGAUGCCGAAGCACCAGUGGAGGAUGAUAAGAUGAACAUGGGGUCAUAUCAGUUAGAGUUCAGGAGUCAGUCAUGUUUAUUAGCCGAGACGCUGCAUGCCACUACAGUGAAUCCUGCCCGCUGUCCAACAAAUAAAAUAGCUCCACAUCGCCACAUUCCAAGUUUGGGAUACAACAGGGCACGAACCUUUGGUGGAGCUUUUAUAGAUUUGCUCACUCCCGACCUGAAUUUCCAGAAUGGAGCAGAAAAUGAUCUACAAGAGAAACCCCAAGAAGAGGAUGACGAUUGCGGUGAAAUAGAAGAUUAUGAUGAAACUGAUAUUGGUUCAUUGACGACUCAAUCGCAAAGGAGAAAUGGUCAUGAAGAGAAUAGAUUUUUCUUUGGACUAUUUAAUAAUGUAGGACAACGGCCUCCCAAUACAGCAACAACUAGAGUCACUCAGAUGCCGGGUACCAGCUAUCGACCACAGAAUCAACAUCCGCAGGGCUCGUACCCUCCUACAAGACCGCCGUAUUGGUCCGGAGGACACUUCGGGAAUAAUGUUUACCGGCCACCUCAAGCUCAAGACCCAUCUGAUAAUGUUAAACCAGUGCACGAGUAUUCUGAUAUCCAGAUGAAUUAUUGGCCGGGUAUUGUAGGCGGACUUGUUUCUAAUAUCUUUCCCGCGUCUCCAGCAAGACCGUCCGUUGGUUCUACGACACAAAGACCGCCAGCGCGCCCUCCAUAUAUAAAUUUUGAACAAUCGACUAGACGACCAAGACAAAGAGGAAUAAACAAUGACAACAACAUAAUACGAUCAUUUUUUGAUUUAUUUUUUUAA